AUGGCGUCGUCUUUCCUAUAUUUUGUAGCGGCUAUCGCUCUCUUACAAUCUUCGAGUGUAACCGCCGAUGGCUACUUUGCUAGAACGUGCUUGGAUAUUAAACUGCUAAAUCGUAAUAUUAACAAAAACGGCCACUAUGUUAUCCAUACCGACAAAAACGAAGCAUUUACUGUUUAUUGCGAUUUUAAUUCCGAACCACCUUACGUAUGGACAUUAGUUGAAUCGUUUUCUCGUGAUAUGGGUACGUAUAGAUCUACUCUACCUGGACAUGCCAACUUUCAAAAACCUUUCUACUAUAAUAUGCCUUAUAGUCAAUGUCGUCCAGAUCAAUGGCAAAAUUAUCGCUUAUCCAAGAGGUAUAUGAUGUCUAUCUGGAAUGCUAGAACAACCAAUUAUUGGCGAGCUACUUGUAAUUUCGAUCUACAAGCUAAAGAACUCUCAUUCGUCUUUAAUCAUACUGAUUAUAUGAGGGCAAGAAAAUGCCGUUUAAAUAUGAUGACUUACUAUUCCGGUAAACCGUGUAUUUGGAUGAAUUAUAUAAAUAUUCGCGGAACUGCAUGCCGUAAAUGCUUAGUGCCUAUGUGGUUUUCGACUUCUACUCAUGCCAGCACUAUUUCUUCUCUAACACAAAACUACUGUGGCCGUAUUAAGUUUCCUGGAGCUGCUGGAUCGCCUCAAGAGUAUAACUUUGGUACUUACAAUGGUUAUAAUAGGGAUUUUGGUUGUACAAGAUAUGGUGAAUCGACAACAAAUUGGUGGUUUGGCGAUAUUUACGUUACUACCAAUCGUUUUACUAACAUCAAGCCGAUUUAA